AUGUCUUUGAGCACGAUACCACACACUCAUUUGAACCAUGACGAUACUAACUCGCUGUCGUUAUCAAGACGACAUGGCCAUGCCCAAGGUCGUAGCAUGGAUGUGACGGCGUCGACUCUACACAGAACCAGUCCUCUUGACCUAGACUUUGCUAAGAUUCGACCGCUCAUUAAAUCGGGAACAUACCUUGAACCCAUCGAUACAAAUGUCCGUACCUCAAGCGACAUUCAGGCCGUUUAUCCGACUACACCAAGUGAUCCAUCAACGUUGAGAUUCUCAUCUAACGCUGGCAUUAUCGAGCAUUACUCACAAUCUUGGAAUACCAAAGACACCCACGGUGAUCGAACACAGAAUGACUUCGCCGAAUUCGAGCAACUCAUUGGCCCAACAGCCGGCCAUGCUCCCCGGUGGCCAUUCAUCAAUGAUGAUAGCCUAAAUACACCAGACUCUGUAGAUUCAGUGCCCUUGUUUCCAUCCUCCCGCACUCCAACGACAAGGCCGAGGCCAAUAUGCGAGAUCCACGAAGGUUUAGAAGAUCUCGCCGACCUAUAUGUUCCGCCUCUAGACUCAGUACCUGAAGCCGCCGAGAUAGAAGCACACCCUUUGCGACCUCCUCCCACAUCCCGAAUCGGCCAUGGCAAAGUUAUGACAGCGGCCGAGUUCGAAGCUCUACAAAAGCGCAAGGCUCGAGAAGAAGCUGAAAGGUGCUUCUACGGCGGGGAGGAAGAGGAAGACGAUAAAGUAGACUACGAGUGUAUAGACGAUACCGAGGCUCUGAACAAACAGAGAGCGCAACGUAAGAAGCAGCAGGCGUACCUCGACGGCGGUUAUCGACAACGGAUGAUGAAGAGCACAAAUGGGCCUGAUCUCCCACCGUUGCGUUCUCACUCGCGCAUCUCGUCGUCGUGGUCCAUGAAGUCUUUCAAGACCUUCCAAGGCUUGACGGAAGACAUCACCCCGAGGCAGGACAAUGAAGAUGGAGAUGAGGAUGUGCCUUUAGCACUACUGCAGAUUCAGCGUCGGUCAGGCAGCAAAGCUCCUUCCAUCAUCAACUCCGGUCAUACAAAGGGAGAAUUCAACUCGCAGCCCCAACCGAUGAACAAUAUUCGACAAAAUUCACGAACACCAAUGCCGGUAUUCGCAAGAAGUCUUCCACAGGAUAUCUUCCCUGCGGCCCCCCAUAAUGCCUGGCCCAUGAACAACCAGCAACUUAUCCCAGGUGGUUUGGUCGGCGUGAUAGCGAGCGAAGAGCGCGCCAAGAAGGCGCGUCGUGUGCCCCCAAGUACCGGCUUCCAACCUCUGCCUGAUACCAACGAGGCCUUCAAUUGGGGGCAGGCGUCGACUCAGCCGGUCGGAAUUGCACAUUCUUUUGGCCUGCCUGGCACGCAGACUCCGAUGGCUUUCUCCAGGCCUCAGACUCCCGUUGCCGUCCCUCAGUUGCCCCCACUUACUUCCAAUCAAGAGAUGUUCAACUUCUUACAGGCUCAAACUGAGAUUCUGAGAUCGAUGGCGACCAUGAAUCAGAGAAGCAACCAGCCUUGGGAUGCCUUGUCAUCUCAGCAGUCGGUCAUGAACUUGGGACCUCCCGGUGCUGGGUCGACGUAUUCGCCAUCCCAUUACGCACCUUCAAACCACUCAAAGUCGAACUACGCACCAUCAAAUUACGCGAGAUCUGUUUUUCAACAACCCGGGGGAUAUGCUGCCUCAGUGGCACCUUCAGAGCGCAAUAUCGUUGGUCUUCCAAGUCGUUACAGACCAGUUUCCAAAGCUGCGACACAAACACUUUCGGGGAAAGCACCCAAGAACGACGACACAAUGUCUCUCAGCAACUGGGAUAACAAUAGAUCUAAUGUUCCUCGUACUAGUGUUACCGUUGAGCAAGAUAGCACCGAUGAUGAUGACGAUGACGCAUUCUGGAGAGCGAAAAGAGAGAAAAGAGACAAAAGGAGAGCCAGAUUCAUUCAGGAGACUGAUUUGGGAAUAAAGCCAGAAUGGAUCAGCUAA